AUGGAGGAACUGGCCCGGGAGAGCAUCAGCCUGCUGGCCCGGUCUGCGUCCCACACAGCACCGCCACGGCUCGGGUCUUUCGGUGCAGUGUUCAUCAUGCUGAAGUCUGCACUGGGAGCCGGACUGCUCAACUUCCCCUGGGCUUUCCAGAAGGCAGGAGGAGCCUCCACCGCUGUCAGCGUGGAAGUGGUAUUGUCGCUCUGUCCCCAGGUGUCAUUGGUGUUCCUUGUCAGCGGGUUGGUGGUCCUGGGCUACGCCUCGUCUGUCAGCAGACAGAAGACCUAUCAGGACGUGGUGCGAGAGGUGUGCGGUCGAGCUGCGGGACGGCUCUGUGAGGUUUGCUUCUGCUUCAACCUCUUCAUGAUAUGUGUGGCCUUCCUGGUGGUGGUACAGGAUCAGCUGGAGAAGUUGUGCAUGUCUUUAUAUGAGACAGUGACCGAGUCCGGUGAGGGAGAAAUACCAUAUUACUGGUACACCAACCAGCGAUUUGCCCUCUUGGUGCUGUGCCUCGUCAUCGUCCUGCCACUGUCCAUCCCCAAAGAAAUAGCCAUCCAGAAAUACACCAGUGUGCUGGGGACGCUGGCUGCUUCCUAUCUCUGCGUGGCAGUGAUCGUCAAAUAUUACAUCAUGGACAAGCAGGAAGUCGUGAUUGCUGCAGAGCACAGUAAAGGCGUAGGCUUGUGGGAAUCAGUGUUCAGUGUGGUGCCUACCAUCUGUUUCGGCUUCCAGUGCCAUGAAGCCUGUAUUGCAAUCUACAGCAGCAUGGAGAAUCAGAAGCUCUCCCACUGGGUGCUCAUCUCUGUGGUGUCCAUGUUAUUCUGUCUACUCAUCUACACGCUAACAGGUGUGUACGGCUAUUUGACGUUUGGGCAAGCUGUUGCUUCAGAUAUUCUCAUGUCAUACCCAGGAAACGAUGUGGUUAUGAUCAUUUCCAGGCUUCUUUUUGGGAUUUCGAUUAUUACCAUCUAUCCAAUCAUUCUUCUUCUCGGCAGAUCCGUCAUCCUGAACCUGAUGCUGCACUUCCGCAGACAUCAGUGUGGAAUCGUUACACACUUGUUUGAGAGUCGUUGCAGAGUGGCUCUGACUGUGGUCUGGAUCACAGUCACUCUUCUCAUUGCCAUGUUUGUCCCUGACAUGGGCAAAGUCAUCAGUGUCAUAGGAGGGAUCAGUGCCUUCUUCAUAUUCAUCUUUCCUGGUCAGUGCUUGGUGUUUAUAAUGCAAACUGAGGCUGUGACUCCAACAGUCAGAGUGACUUUAACAGUUUGGGGCAUUGUAACCAUCGUAGUCGGAGUCUUCAUCUUUGGCCAGAGUACGACAAUCGCCGUGAUGGACCUUUUCCCCAAAUUCUGAAGAUAAUCUGUUUGCACCGUCACCUUUAUCUGCAUCAGAUACUCAAAUCCUGUGUGCAGCUGAGUGCUGCAUUUCAAAAAGUGCAGUUCAGCUUUGAAUUCUCAACCUGGAUGUAAAAUUGUCCAUUUAAAAAUACUGUGACAAACAUGUAAAUGUGUACCCAGCAAAAUACUGAUUUUAAUAUAUGUACGUUAUUUAUUCA